AUGUCCGCUGCAGCUUGCAUCUUCUGCAAAAUCAUCCGGGGUGAAAUCCCCUCCUUCAAGGUUCUUCCUCCCACCCCUCUCCGUUCCCCACAUCCCAAUCCAAAAAAAAAGAAGAAAAAAAAGAAAUCCCACCCCGCACUAACCGAUACGCCUCACAGCUCCUCGAAACCGACAAAAUCCUCGCAUUCCUCGACAUCAAUCCUCUCUCCCGUGGACACGCCGUAAUCCACUCUCUCCUCCCUCUCUCGCCCCCACCACAGGCAGGUGGGCAGAUGACUGACCCAACACCUAGCUCGUAAUUCCCAAAACUCACGGCGAGAAACUCCACGACGUGCCCGACGCAGAACUCGGCGAGCUUCUGCCCGCCGCAAAGAAGCUCGCGAUAGCUGUCGGUGCAGCAGAGUACAACAUUUUGCAGAACAACGGACGCGGGGCACAUCAGAUUGUUGAUCAUGUUCAUGUUCAUAUGGUAGGUUUUCCCGUCAAGCCAUAUCCGGUGGGGGGAGGAUGGAGGGCUAAUGAUUUGGCGGGGUGGGGAUAGAUCCCGAAGCCAAAUGCAAAGGAGGGGCUGGGGAUAGAGUGGCCGGCGCAGGCUACCGAUAUGGACGGGUUGAAGGCGCUGUUUGAGGAGUUGAAGGCGAAGAUCUAGAGGGGGGGGAGGGGGCGAGUGAUUGGGGGUGAGGCGUUGCCCUUCAAUGAGUGUGAUAUGGUUGGGCGAUUCGAUUGCUACUUGUGAUAGUAACAGAAAGUACCUAACU